AUGGAUGGGCCACCACCUCCGCCGCCGCAUGGCGAGAACCCUCAUACCACCGACGGCGAGUACCGCAAAUCCUCCGACCUGCCGCCUGGCAACUACGAUAUCUUCAUCGUCCCCCCGCACUCCUCCGGCUCCGGCUUCCUAUACCUCCCUUCUCUGCAAUGCCACCGAAAUAGCUUCAUCGCAGGCGCCGCAAGCAUGCUCUUGGUGGUCUUGAUCUGGUCCGCUAUCGCACCGGUCGUUAAGACCUGGUACGUCACAACCGUGUCAAGUAAUAACAAUAUGGGAAUGGUAGUGGUUGCGCUCGGAGUGGGUGUUGCCGGGUGGGCUUUUGGCAUGUCUCAAUCGGACAAUUCCAAUAGCACCGGCUACGGUGGGAAACGAUUCAGCGGUGGCUUCGGCGGUUUCGGGGGCUCCGGCAGGCAAAAUGCUCACGGCCAGUCUUCCGGGGCCAACCAUGGCAAUCAAUCAGGACAACAGCAGUACGGUGGCAAUGGUGGAUCGGGUCAACAGCAGCAGCAGCAAGGAGGAAACUUUGGAGGUGGCCAGAGCCGUGGCAACCAGUAUGCUGGCAAUCAACACGGCUCCGGGGCUGGUUCCGGGGCUGGUCCUGGCGCUCCUCCAAAGUCGGACCAGAACAAUCAUGGCCCAAAUGGGGCUGAAUGGGAGAAGGCACGGGAAGAGACGAAACGCAAGGAGGAGCUGCGCCGAAAGAUGGAGGAGUUCAAGCGCAAGCGAGAGGCGGAAGCUAAGGAGAAGGAAAGGAAGCGUGAACGCGAGGCAAUGGAGAAGGAGUUGAAAGAGCGUCGUGAACAACUAGAGCGCGAAAUGGCUGCCGCGAGAGAGAAAGCUGAGAGAGAGGCUCGCGAACGGGCGGAGAAGGAAGCCGCCGAAGCUCGCGCGAAGCAAGAAAAAGCAGCUGCGGAGGCUAAAGCCGAGGCUGAGAGGCGUGAGGCAGAAGCAAAGGAGAAGGCUGCCAAGGAGGCUGCUGAAAAGGCGGCAGCAGAAAAGGCGGCGGCCCAGAAGGAAGCCAUGGCCAAGUUUGCUGCUCUUAAGGAAGCGGCGGCCAAGAGGUACGCUGAGAAAAAGGCGCAGGAAAGCAAGAAAGAGGCGCCACCACCGAAGGCUGGAAGCGCAACAAGCGCACCCCGGACACCCUCGCCCCAGAAGCCGCCCUUUCCAACGGCCAAAACCACCAUCGGCGAAGAUGAUGCUUAUUCCUUUCGGCCCUAUGACCGUCCGCGACGGCCGUACGGGCAAGCAUCUGGGUCUUCGGCGUACUCUGAAUCAUCAUAUGCUCCCUCUCAGUCGACAGCACGUACCACACCUCCACCGUCGCAUCGGGGCACUUAUUCCACCAAGGAUCCAGACAAAAUCGUGAUUCUGGGUGUAUACCAAUUCACCAACGCCUUCAUGAAGACGCCGGUGGCACAGCUUGUCUCCGGACAGGGCAUGGUCACCGAAGGACUCGUACUGCGAAUCACGACCGAAGGACUGUUCGUAGACGACGACCUUCGUGGAGUCGGACAGCGUGAAUGGGAUGUCAAAGCGUGGACUCUCAAGCUGACAGAGGUGUGGUGCCCCCAGAUGGGAGCGCCGCAGGCUUCGAAACAACCAGCGUCCAGCAAUCCAUUCUCCUUCCGUCGCAGUGGAUCCGCGCACACGGUGCCUACGAACGAGGAAUCGGACGCAUUCACCGCCAACCUGCUCAAAGUCUGCAAGAACACGUGCCGUCUGGCCUCGCCGAGUGCGUGCUUUGCUCGCAGUGCCGCGGCGAGCGGCAUAGACGGUGGACCGGUGCACCCGCCCCAGGCAGAGUUCCGCGGUCUCCACGUCCUCCGCGCCAGUCUGCGGGAUCAAGAAGGCAAGCGAUACGUCUUUGUCCUGCAAGAUACCGAGGCCUGGAAAGUCGCAAUCGGCCUCCAGCGUCUCCGUGGCGGUGCCCUCGUCCGCGCCCUGGGUGUCACGGCCCUGCCGGUCUCAGACUGCAAGAGCAUGCUCGGCGGCCUGGGCUAUAUAUGA